AGCGGCGCUUGAUGACUGACUCCAAUCCGGAUCGACCGUUGCGGUGUGAACGAAAACGCCUUAAGGGUUAAAAAGCGAAGCGAGUUCGGUUUCCUAGACAGACCGAAAGGACAGAGGAUUUGUGAAUGGAGAAAGGGGGCGACGACCCGCUCUCUGCCCCGCCUCUCUCUGCGGGGAAAGAGGCCUUUGUUUAUUCCUUGCAUGAACAGGAUCCGGCCCAUGUUUGGCUUCUGAAGGUCAGAAUUCGACCUGUUGAGGCGUCAUUUUUGACGGGCGCAAGAACUUGGCAGAAGAUAAUCUUCUGGCUCAUUUGGGAGUCCUGUGGAGCAGGGACAGAAAAUGGAAGGGAGGGACUCCUCCAGCUCUGAAUUGUGGAAAAAUCGCCUUGUCCUUCAUGCUGGGAGUAGAGGGGCAUUCUGGGAAGGCCCUGUGCAAAAAAUCCUACUUGAAGACUCCACCAGUUCAGAUGUGCAGCGCCAGAAAUUCAGGCAGUUCUGCUACCAGGAGGCUGAGGACCCCCGAGAGGUCUGCAGCCGACUCCACCACCUUUGCCAGCAAUGGCUGAAGCCAGAAAGGCACAGCAAGAAGGAGAUGCUGGACCUGGUGAUCCUGGAGCAGUUCCUGGCUGUCUUGCCCACAGAGAUGCAGAGCUGGGUCAGGGAAUGUGAGCCAGAGAGCAGUUCCCAGGCGGUGGCCCUGGCAGAAGGCUUCCUCUUGAGCCAGGCACAGGACAAGAACCGGUACCAGCAGGUGGUGGAUCCAUGGGGAAAGGUCAGUGGCUUCACAGAGGCAGAGAAUGAUCCGGUGGUUGCCAGACAGAAUCUGCUGCAGAAGGGGAUUGAGUGGGAGCGAGACUCAGGAAAUACAUUGUUGGGUGAUAGAUCGUUUCCCUCAGUAUCUGUUAGAUCCUCUUUUUCUCAUGAUGGAAUGGAAAGCAUCUCCUCGCAUCCAGGUCAGGGGCCAGUGACCUUUGAGGAUGUGGCCGUGUACUUCACCAAGGAGGAGCGGGCUCUGCUGGAUCAGGACCAAAGAAGGCUUCACAAGGAAGUCAUGGAGGAGAAUUAUGGGCUGAUGGCGUCUCUGGGCAAUGAAUGGGAGAAUGAAAAGGAGAUCGGACCAGGAGGAAUUCCUUGGGGAAAAGACCCAUACAAAGAAGCAGAACAGCAAAAAAGAAAAACUGAAGCCCAAGGGCGGCGCCGGAGGAAUAAAUCUGGAACUUCUCAGGGUGUUGAUGUCUAUGAAAUCCCCAUUGAAGAAAAAAUGGAGAAAGGAAAAAGGAAGAGAAAAUGUCUCGUCUGUGGAAAAAGUUUGAGCUGGAAGUCUAGCCUCAAGGCUCACUGGAAAAUUCACACUGGGGAGAAACCAUUUAAAUGCCUGGAGUGUGGGAAGAGUUUCCGACAGAGGGCAAAACUAAUUACCCAUCAAAGAGUCCACACAGGAGAAAAACCAUUCAAAUGCUUGCAGUGUGGAAAGAGUUUCAUUCAGAAUGAAUGUCUGACUUCCCAUUUAAAAACACACUCUGGGGAGAAGCCAUUCAAAUGCUUGCAGUGUGGAAAAAGUUUCAGCUGGAGUCAUAACCUGACAUCCCAUCAAAGAAUCCACACAGGAGAAAAACCGUAUAGUUGCUCUGAGUGUGGAAAGAGCUUUUCUCAGAGGAGAGAUCUGAAUUCCCAUGAAAGAAUCCACACGGGGGAGAAACCUUAUACUUGUUCAGAAUGCGGAAAGAGCUUCCACCAGAAUGCACACCUGACUUCUCACCAAAGGAUCCACACUGGAGAGAAACCAUACAAAUGCCUGGAGUGUGGGAAAAGCUUCAGUCGGAGUUCAAGCCUCACUUCACACCAAAGGACACACACUGGGGAGAAGCCAUUCAAAUGCUUGCAGUGUGGGAAAAGUUUCAGCUGGAGCCAUAAUCUGACAUCCCAUCAAAGAAUCCACACAGGGGAGAAGUUGUUCCAAUGCUUGGAGUGUGGGAAGAGCUUUAACAAGAAAACAAAUCUCAUUUCACAUCAAAGGGUACACUCAGGGAGUUGGAAAAAAGAUCCUAUGAAUAACCACCUGAAUCCGCCUACUCUUGGUUCGGAAAUUGUCCCCAUUUCCCAGAAUUCUACCUGUUCCCAGAAUCCCCUGAAUAAUGAACCAACUCAAGAAGAAAAUUUCCAGUACUUCACUAUAUAUCUGAAUGAGCAGAUUAUAAUUGUUCAAACAUGAAACAAAUGCUGGUAAUAGAAACUGUGUUGCCUAAAAAUGGCUCAGUGACCACACUAGACCUUUAUAAAGUAAUAACAAUAAAGAUAUGAAUUAAUUAAAAAGCCUCUUUCACCUUAACAAGAGAUUAAUUAAAUCUGAUCAGACCAACCAUGUUUCCAGCUUUUAGAAAUUAAUAUAAAAUUAUGAUUAUCCUUUUAAUCCUGCCAAAUGGCCCAUGUUAUUCCUAACGCCAAAACUGUAGCCUGUAUUUCUGAAAUCCCAAACUCAUACUCAUGGACUGGUUAUGAAGCAAAGUGAUUUUUUGGCUAAUUUUCUCCCAAGCAUCAAACUCCUACGUAUAUGUAUUUAAUGCUGAGAGGGGUUGUGCCUGCUGUAAUUUGAAAGUUGAGUCUUUUGACUCUUCCAAAACAGUCUCGUGGGUCAAUAGUGCAGUGGCUGCAUCUAAAACCACUGACAGUCUUUGUCCACAAACCAAGGUUUUGAUCUCGCUUAUUUUUUCACUCCUAACAACACAGAUAUCUUUGGCUUGAUCCUGUUUCUUGUCUGGCACUUGGUGUUCCAUAACAUAUAUGGAAUAUUGAUUUGGCCCAAUAAUUCAGUAAAUCUAUUGCCAGCCUCAUGACAUCUGAAAUUACAUCUCUUUUGCAAGGGGUUUUUUUUUUUUUGGUUUUCAUCUUCUAAAGGUGGAAUCACCUUCCUGAUAUUAUUCUGCCACAUUUGCCGACUUCAAUUUCCUUCCAAUGUGCAGCAUACACCACUGAAUAACAGCCAUCUUAAAAAUGGUUAAUGCAUUUGAUCUAGCCUAUAAAGAACUGGAACAUGUAACUGAACUCCAAGCAAUGUUAUUUAUUGAGGCAUGAGCAUUGAUGAAAUGUCUUUGAGGAAAGAAAAAGCGCACACUGCAUUUAUGGGAUAGCCCUGGGAAAGUGGGAGAGGACAAUUCUUCAAAAUAACUGUUUAUGCUCCUUUUCAGUUUUGAAGAAACUGUUGGGUCUUUUCUCCUUCUGGGCUAGUGGCUGUUAUGAUGUUGACAUAUACAUAGCACCUGAACUUCUGAUUUUGGGAUGCUGCUAAACAGGCAGAAAGAAGAGAACUGAUUCAUAAAUACUAUUAUUUCUAAUACUGUGUGUGGGAGAUGUGAAUCUUCUAAAUCAGACUUCGUACAUAAUUUUUGGAGGUGAUUAGGGUAAAAUUCUCUUUUGGAGAUUCCCCUGUCCAGUGGACUGGUGCCCGAGUGCUGUGUUUUGUUAGUCUGUUUCAAAAUUAUUGUUGUGAAAGAAGGCUUAGAGCUUGUAACCAAUUUAUGUAUCUCAGCCAGAAUUUCAGCCUCUGUGUAUGGUUUUUUUUUGUUUCGGGGGAGGGUUGUGGGGGUUUUUUUUUGCUGGAAAUCAAUAUUUUCUUGCUUUUAGAAGAAUGCUUCUGUAGUGUGGUGUGAAAUUUGGCCCAUUCAAUAAAUCUGAAAAAUUGCUGAAAAUGUGGAUGGAGCCGAGAUUUCUAAUUAAUAAGCAGAACUUGUGUAUCGCUCAGGGUCUGUGGCUCAGUGGUACACAUCUGUUUGGUAUGAAGAACGUCCCUGGUUCAAUCCCAGGCAUUUUCAGUGUUUUUUAAAAAAUCAGGUAGUAGGUGAGAUGAGGCUUCCACCCGAGACUGAGAGAGGCACUGCCAUUUAGAACAGGCAAUACUGACUUUGAUGGACCAAUUCAGUGGCCCCCAUGGUGACGAUUAAUAUUACUGCAACUGGGGUGCUGUGUGGUUUUCCGGGCUGUAUGGCCAUGAA